AUGGGAUCAAACUAUUGCUUCGAUCGCAGACAUAGACGCACCUUUCACCCAUGUUGCCACAACGCAUCGAUGAGAUUGGGCAAGGCGGAGCAGCGCGGCGCAGCCCUUCACUCUCGAUCUCAAAUCCAUCAUUUAUCAUCGAUUAGCGACAGUGACAAAUUGGAAAGCAAUGCGGAAGCCAGUCUAUCGUUGGAAAUGGCUAAGAUCGCUAUCGAUAGCCAACUUCCCUGUCUCGUCCUGCUGGCUGCUAGCGGAGCUCUUAAGAUUCACGAUUAUCAUCACCAUCACCACCAGGAGCAUGAGGAGUACGAACACCAUGACGGUGGGCACGAGCAUCAUCAGGAGCCCGAGCAUGAGGAAACGGAGCUGCAUCAUGAGGUGGACCACAAGCAUGCCACGUCCCAUCAGAGCGUCAAGUUCCAUCAUUACCAUGCCGUGCCCGUCUACAUCAAGAAGGAGGAUCAGCAUCUGGUGAAGAAGCCCAUCGAGAUUGGCGGCACCAAGCAGAAGCUGAAGAUCCUGCAUCCCAAGACGGAGCAUAAUCACAACCACGGCCUGGUCCUGGAGAAUCACAGCGAAUCGCAUCUGCACGAGCAUGGUCACUACGAGGAGCCGGUUCAUCAUGAGGAGCACUAUGAGCACUAUUCGCAUCACCACGAGUAG